AUGGCGAUGCAACUGGAUCUAUCUCAGGCACAAAUUCUGAAAGAUGAGACGGGAAGGCCUUUCAUUGUGGUCCGAGACCAGGGAAAGAAGAAGAGAACACAUGGCAUAGAAGCAGUCAAGCAACACAUCGUUGCCGCUCGCACGAUCGCCAAUAUUGUGAGAACCUCGUUGGGGCCACGAGGUCUCGAUAAGAUCCUCAUAUCUCCAGACGGGGACAUCCAGAUAUCGAACGACGGUCGCACAAUCAUGUCGGAGAUGGAAAUCACACACCCCAUUGCUAAACUCAUGGUCGAACUUUCAAAAUCACAAGAUGAAGAAAUUGGUGAUGGUACCACGGGCGUCGUCGUCCUGGCUGCUGCUCUCCUCGAUCAAGCCGCAGACCUCAUCGACAAAGGCAUCCAUCCCAUUCGGAUUGCAGACGGUUUCGACCAGGCUUGUGAGGUUGCCGUGGCACAUCUGGACAAGAUCAGCGACGAGAUUGCCUUCAGUCGCGAGAAGCAGGAGAAUCUGAUCAAGGUUGCCAAAACGAGUCUUGGAAGCAAGAUCGUCAGCAAGUCUCACGACCAGUUCGCGAAGAUUGCUGUCGAUGCCGUCAUGUCUGUUGCCGACCUCGACCGAAAAGAUGUCGAUUUCGAACUCAUCAAGGUCGACGGCAAAGCGGGCGGUUCGAUCGAAGACUCUCUGCUGGUAAAAGGAGUCAUCAUUGACAAGGACUUUUCUCAUCCACAAAUGCCAAGCGAGGUGAGGGACGCCAAACUGGCGAUCCUGACAUGUGCCUUCGAACCUCCCAAGCCGAAAACGAAGCACAAGCUCGACAUAUCUACGGUCGAAGAAUUCAAGAAGCUACAACAAUACGAAAAGAAUAAAUUUGUGGAGAUGAUUGAUAUGAUCAAAGCUACGGGAGCAAAUCUCGUGAUCUGUCAGUGGGGUUUCGAUGAUGAGGCAAACCACCUGCUUCUUCAGAACAAGCUUCCAGCUGUACGCUGGGUUGGCGGACCCGAGAUCGAGCUGAUUGCAAUUGCCACCAACGGCCGAAUCGUGCCGCGAUUCGAGGACCUGAGCAGCGAGAAGCUAGGCACGGCUGGUAUUGUUCGGGAAAUGACAUUUGGGACCACCCGAGAAAAGAUGUUGGUGAUUGAGGAGUGCGCCAAUACGAGAGCGGUCACAGUCUUCGUGAGGGGCAGCAACAAGAUGAUCAUCGACGAAGCGAAGAGAUCACUCCAUGACGCUCUCUGUGUUGUUCGUAAUCUAGUUAGAGACAACCGAGUCGUCUAUGGUGGCGGUGCGGCUGAGAUUGCUUGUUCCAUCGCUGUCGAGGAUGCGGCCUCGAAAUCACCGGGUCUGGAACAGUAUGCCAUGAGAGCGUUUGCCGACGCCUUGGAUGCCAUUCCGAUGGCACUGGCAGAGAAUUCUGGUCUGAGUCCCAUUGAGACAUUGGCCGCGGUGAAGUCGCGGCAGAUCAAGGAACAGAACUCUCGGCUGGGUGUUGAUUGCAUGGGAACGGGAAACAAUGAUAUGCGUGCCAACUUUGUCAUCGACCCCCUGAUUGGAAAACGGCAGCAGUUGCUCCUUGCAACACAGUUAUGUCGAAUGGUCCUGAAAAUCAACAAUGUGAUUGUGGCGGGGAACGAUGAUAACGAUUUUUAG